AUGACCGGCAAGGUUACCGGCAAGGUCAAGUGGUUCAACACCCAGAAGGGCUUCGGCUUCAUCACCCCCGACGACGGCUCCGACGAGAUUUUCGUGCACCAGACCGCCAUCCACAGCGAGGGCUUCCGCUCCCUGCGCGAGGACGAGCCCGUGGAGUUCGUCAUCGAGAAGAGCGACGACGGCCGCACCAAGGCGAUCGAGGUCACCGGACCCGACGGCGCCACCGUCCAGGGCGCGCCUCGGCGCAUGACGUACAGCCGCGGCGGCCGAGGAGGCGGCCGAGGGCGCGGCCGCAAGGGCAAGGCGGACGGCGAGGGAGGAGACGACGCCAAGGCUGAAGACGCGACGCCCGCCGCCGAGGCUGCGUGAUGAGAUGCGGGGUGAGAUGAUGUGGGAAGAGACGCGGCGGUCGCCGCAUCACACCGCCGAGUGACCGAGCGCACGCUUCAGAUCUCGCUGCUUGUCAAAUUUUGUCGCCAUAUUUUUGGCGCCGCGAUCUGAUUUUGACCUAUCCCAGCAGCUCUGUCACUCGGCUGUGCUGUGCGGGGGCGGUCGCGUCACCGUUCCCCGCCGUCGACGUGCUCCGCGCGGGGUCCGUCGUCGGCGCGAUGUGCAUGAAACUCUGUUGUCAAUCUAAUACUAGUGCAGUGUAAAA